AUGCUGGAAACUGAGCAGGGGCCCAAAUCAGAUCCAGAAUUCCAAUUGCGAGCUUUGGAGAAGGCGAUGGAAACUGCAUCAUCUCAUUUUUCUAGCUUAGAUACAACAAUUAAAAAGUUUGCUUCGAAUUUCAAAUCACAGGAGCAUUCUUUAACCUCAUUAUAUAAAAAGAUAAGCAAAGAGCAGGAAAUACAUGAUAAAAUAGUAAGCGUACGAGAUAAUAUUGUGGAAAUUCAAAACAAAUUAACAACUUCGGAAAAAUUGCAAGAUGUUUUGAAAUUAAGUGUAAAUAAGAAUUUCGAUGAGUUCAUGAAAGCUAUUAAUGAAGCGAUUGAAGCUCAACAAUAUCUACAAAUUUAUGAUUUUGAAGAUGCAAAUAACGAAAGGAUAGAAUUAAGUACACUUAUUGGUACUUCAGAAAAGAAGCUUCUUAAUUACUUUCUUGACCUCGCGAAUCGAACUGCAACUCCAAUUCCUUUGGCAAAUUUUCAAUUUGUUGAUGGCAAAUUCAGUUUGACUGAUAAACGAUUUGAAAAUCCAAUAUACCCGAUACAAGAAGAGCUUCUACAAAUGAUGAAUCAAAUGGCUUCGGUUCUUCAAAUGAUUUUGUGUGUUGAUCACAUAAGUGACUAUGAAGAAGCAAGAAUGAGAGCAAUUGAUGAAAGUGUUGAACCAAUUAUCGAUGCAUCCAACAAAAGAACUGUUUCUUCAGAAGAAAUUAACGUUUUAGAUUUGCCACUUUACAAAAAGAAAGAACAUCCCAUUCAUACAUUCGGAUAUCUUAUUUCCUUUUUCUUCAAGAGAGAAAAGGAGUUCGCCAAAAAAGUUUUUGGCGAUAAAUACAAAAGUCCUUUCCAAAACUCUUUUCAGCCACUUUUCCAGCAUUUCAAGAAAACAUGCGUUAAUGUCUCUGAUCCUGAUCUCAAAUCUCAUGUAGAUGUUCUUUUUGAUGUCGAUAUUGUAUCAACAAUUGUAGAUGUCCUCGAUUCUCAAGUUAACGAUGAAGAUUUUCAAACAUAUGCUGUCCAGUUAGCCCAAUUAUCUCAUAUGUUCCAUGCAGGUAUUGAAAGAUGUUUAUCAAAUUACAGAGUCGCCGUAGAAAUGAACGAUCCUGACAAUGUUCCGGCCAACGGAAGUGUUAUUGCAAAUGUCUCUAAUGUUAUUAUCUUCUUGAAUGUUUUGGGACAAUACAAAGCAGGAAUUGAACAAGUUGGUGGUCUUUCAUUUGAACUAUACAUUCCAUCAGUUUUGGAAGCCUUGUUUAAGAAUAUUAUUGAGAAAUCAACGCGUUAUACUGAUAUAGUUUUACGACAAUUAUUUUUAAUGAAUAAUUCUCACUAUAUUUUGGCACAAAUUGAGCAAAGUCCUUUGUUAACAAGUACUAUACCUCUUGCAUUUAAAGAAACACUCGAGAAAACAAUGCAAGAUGCACAAAAAGUAUUUGUUGACGAAACAUGGAACAAAGCUUUCCAAAUUUUAGAUUACGACAGAGCAUUCGAUGGACUAAAGAAAGGAGACAAGCUUAAUACUAAUCAGAAGAAACUUGUAAAGCAAAAAUUCAAGAAAUUUAAAGAUGCGGUUUUAACUAUUCAAAUGAAGCAAAAUAACUAUUGUUUGAAGAAUACUAAGUUAAUGGAGCCGAUUAUGAACGAAGCAAUUCAGAAAACUCACACCAAAUUUGAGACAUUUUAUACAAGAUGGUUUGAUUCAGGUUUCGCAUCACAUCCUGAGAAAUACACUGGUGUUCAGCCAUCCACACUUGAAGGUAUCAUUAACAGACUUUAUGGUCCUAAAAAGAGAAAAGUCGUAGAAUUAUAG